CGCAGCAUGCAUUUCCUGUUCCGACAUGAUUCUAAAUGACGGAUAGUUUUUUUUUUAUACUUGACGCACUUCGAACUGCAAUGGACGACCGUGAGCUAGACCUGACAAACGAACAGAAAGCUGUCAAGUCAAAGUAUCCUCCGAUCAACAAAAAAUAUGAAUACCUGGACCAUACAGCAGAUGUACAAAUUCACUCUUGGGGAGACUCCUUGGAAGAAGCUUUCGAGCAGUGUGCCAUGGGCAUGUUCGGCUACAUGACCGACACAGAGACCGUAGAGCCUCUGGAUACCGUUGAAGUGGAGUCAGAAGGUGAAGAUAUGGAGUCUCUUCUCUUCCAUUUCCUAGAUGAUUGGUUAUACAAAUUUAGUGCAGAUCUCUUCUUUGUACCCAGGGAGAUAAAGGUUUUGCACAUAGACAGAAUGCAUUAUAAGAUUCGCUCCAUCGGGUGGGGAGAGGAAUUCUCCAUAUCAAAGCAUCCUCAGGGGACUGAGGUCAAAGCCAUCACAUACUCUGCCAUGCAGAUUCAUGAUAAGGAAAAACCAGAAAUAUUCACCAUCAUUGACAUCUAAACCCCUUUGGGGGCAGAAAACACUCCCGAGUUCCAACUUCUUCAUCAAUCUACAAAUCAACAAAUGCUUUUAUUUGAUUAAUGUUUGCUGAGGCUUCAAAAUAAAACUUGUCAACAUUGA